UGGAGAUCCGACACCUACUACUACUGCUACCACCACGAGCAGCAUUCGCUCAUUUCGAGUUAUAUCACCACCCAUAAAAGAGCCACGCGCGCAGCUUUGUGCCCAACGCGGCACACGCCACUGACCGAGCCUCUGACAAUGUCGCAUCCACUGUCCGGCCCUGCCGCGUCGCGCGUAUACACGACGUAACACGAUGACAUCCCAGCGGCAUCCCAAUGAGAACAAUAAGCGGCCGGCCAGCCCACGAGGCCUCAUCCCCAACCCGCUCGUCAAGAAGCGCAACCUCGCGUGGACACUCGCCAUCCAGGACCAUGACGAGCAAGCUCCCGAGCCGCAACAGCAGCUCCUCACAACCAAAGACGAGUCGCAGCCUGGCAAUAAAGCGGCAGCCGUAGUAGCAACAUCACCGCCGCCGCCGCCGCCGCCACCAUCCACCGCUGCCAUCGAGUCCGGCGCUGCCACCGUCGCCGACCACCUCGCCCACUUCACCGCGGUCCUCUCCUCGCACGUCCUGUCGCCGCCUGUCUCGCGCCCGCUCCUGUCCGUCUCCGCCCUCGCCUCCCUGUACGCGGCCAACGAAGGCAGCCCCCACGGCGCGCAUUUCGUCAUCCACCAGCAUGACCACCCCGUCGCGGGCACGCACUACGACCUCCGCCUGCAGAUCAACGGCUCCAGUAGCGCAAGCUGGGCCAUCAUGUACGGCUUGCCCGGUGACCCGAACAGCAAGAGGCUGAAUCGCAAUGCGACUGAGACGCGCGUCCACUCGCUAUGGAACCACCUCAUAGAGACAGCCUCGCCGCAUACCGGCAGCCUCCUCAUAUGGGACACCGGGACAUACUCCGUCCUUCCGCGGCGCAGCAAGCACGCCCCGCGCGAGGACCCCUCCUCGCAGCAGGACGCCUCCCCAUCACAUCGUUCCUCUCCCUCCUCGCCCGGCGCGCCGCCCGCCACGCGCCCACAGGUCCUCCUCGAGGAGGCGUUCCGCAGCCGCAAGAUUCGUUUGCGGCUGCACGGCAGCAAGCUCCCCGACCCGUACGUCGUGAACCUGCGCCUCACGAAGUCGGAGGACGCCUUCGGCCGGGCCAAGAGCCUGCGCACGCCUAGCAAUCGCAGGCGACGCGGGAGGACGGGUGAAGAAGGGACGCCACGGCGCGCUCAGAAGUCGAAACAGCAGCAGCAGCAGCCCGAGACGAGCGACUCUGAGGGCGAUGACGAUGACGGCGGCAGCGACGAUGAUGCGCACGUGGUGCCCCCAGGAGAGGAGGCCGACCCAGCCGCCCAUGUCUCCGCGCUCGAGCGCGAGGUCCGCGAGCUCGAAGACGAACAUGUCCGCCGCUCGAACGCCUACCCGGGAGCGCAUAACUCCAUCGGCAGCAUCCACCAACGGAAGUGGUACCUCUCCCUAGACCGGCGUGCCUGCGGGUUCGUCGAGUGGCGGCGCGGCCGAGGGGCCACGAUUUGGGAGCAGCAAGAUGAGGCGGGCCGGGGCGGCACGGAGGGCACGGAAACAGGAGAAGGCGGACAAGAAAGAGUAGUGGCUGCCGGGGGGCCUCCUCCCGCCCGGUUGACGUUUCCUUUCUACGUCCGCGGAGCCGACUAUGAGCGGAGCGUUGUCACGGGCCGGCGCGGGCAGGACAUCCUCAAGGAUGAAGGGGUGACCAGCUUCGUACCCAGAAAAGGAUGGGCCCCUGUCCUGAACUAGCCGGCAUGGCUUUCACAAAGGAUAUGGGAUCCAGCAGCAACUGUGACUUUGAGGCAAAUGACACGCCCUUGCGUUGCGGCUGCCCAAGCGUGUUCCUGUGGUUUACUUUCUAGGUAGCUAUAGAAUCAACAAGACUAUGGGCCACGAGCUAGGUGACCGCAAGCCGAUCAUAGCAGUGCGUCAAUUGCACGUGGUCGCCAUCUAACCAC